UUCGAAUCAAUGUUAUAAUGAUCAGGGGAAGAUUCAGAUUCUCUGUAUCUGGCAGCAUUUAUGACCACAAGAUUUCCUCUGCCUUUGUAGAGAAUGGCAGUCAGCUUCACAUCCACAGGAAUCAUUCAGGACCUAGUGAACCGUAUACAUCUUCUGACCAAACACUCAAAUCCUACAAUGCGUUACCCGGGGAAUGGAGGAGCAACUGGGGAAAAGAUUGGUUACAACAAUACUGUAAACAUUAUUAACCCAGAGGAUGCUGCAAUCUUGUUUAAAUCUGAAGGCAUGUUUCCAGAGAGAAUGAAGGUGAAGCCAUGGAUGGCUUACAGAGACCAUAGAAAAGAAAAAUAUGGUGUCCUAUUGAAAAGUGGGGAAGAAUGGAGAAGAGAUCGAUUAGUUUUGAAUAAAGCAGUGAUGUCACCCCAAAUUAUCCAAAAGUUUGUGCCACUUCUCAAUGAAGUGGUGUUGGAUUUUGUGUCCACAGUUCACAAACAGAUUGCGAACAGUGGGAGAGAAACUUGGACAGCCGAUCUCUCAAAUGAUCUCUUCAAAUUCGCACUUGAAUCUGUUUGCCAUAUAUUGUAUGGAGAACGUCUGGGCUUGCUGCAAUGUCUCCAUAACCCUGCAUCACAAAAGUUCAUCGAUUCAGUUACGUUGAUGUUCAAAUCCACAACUCCAAUGCUUUAUAUUCCACCUGGGCUUCUGAAGUCAAUUAAAUCGAAGAUCUGGCAAGAUCACGUUGCUGCUUGGGAUACCAUUUUUUCACAUGCUGAUACCUGUAUACAAAGAACAUAUAAGCAGUUCCACCUGGGAUCCAAAAAUGACAAAGAAUAUUCCGGAGUUCUAGCAGAUCUGCUGCUGCAAGACAUGCUGCCCCUAGAUGACAUCAAAGCAAGCAUUACAGAGCUUAUGGCAGGUGGAGUUGACACAACUUCCAUGACUCUCUUAUGGACUAUGUAUGAGCUUGCCAAAUACCCCAACGUGCAGGAAAAUUUACGCAGUGAAAUUAUAGAAGCCAAUCAGAAAACACAAGGAGAUCCAUUACAAAUGUUAAAAUCAGUGCCAUUACUCAAAGCUGCACUCAAGGAAACAUUGAGACUUCAUCCAGUAGCUGUAUCAUUACAGCGCUACACAAAUGAAGACAUCAUAUUGCAAAAUUACCACAUACCUGUUGGGACCUUAGUGCAGGUGGGAUUGUAUGCAAUGGGAAGAAACUCAGAGAUAUUUCACAAGCCAGAAAGGUACAACCCAGAAAGGUGGCUGAGCCAGGAAUGUACCUACUUCAGAAGCCUUGGCUUUGGAUUUGGAUCCCGGCAGUGCAUUGGGCGUAGAAUCGCAGAGACAGAAAUGCUGCUGUUUCUAAUUCACAUGCUGCAGAACUUCAAAAUUGAAACAAGUCGGUUGGUUGAAGUGAGAACAACCUUUGACCUUAUCUUAAUUCCGGAGAGCCCCAUCAUGUUAGAUUUAAAGCCUGUUAAGUGAAGAAAAAAGGAUGCGUUUGUGGAGGAUACAAUAUAUGUUUGUUUCAUCUUUUCAUUGGAAAUUAAUUAAUGAGUAAUCAGAAGAAGUAUACAAGUUCAGUGAUCAGUUAGCUGAUGAACAAUUUAUUUACCUAUUACUUGGAUUUUUUUUCCAUGUAACUGUGAUAUUAAUAUUAAGGCAUUCAAAAGACGCAGUGGCCAAUUUUCAUGAAUGAUGGGGAGAAGUAAGGGUAACCAGUUCAAACAGCAAGGGAAAAAUUGCAUCAUUGAAGAGAAAUGUAUUGCUUUUCAUAUCAUAUCAUGUACAUCUAAAAUGUUGCUUGGACAUAUGGAGCAAAUUAUUUCUUUUUUCUUUAUGUAAUUGAUUGUAAAGUCCUUUCUUCAAAGUUUGUUCGUGAUUUUAUAAUGCUAAGUACGCAAAGAACACCUUACCCUACUUGGAGAUGAAGAAUGAACAGAACUCCAAAUCAAUCAGAAAGGUGAUAAACAAUUUCAUAUAUUGGAAAUCUUUGUACUUUUGAUUUUUUUCAGGAUCAUGUUGCGGUAUUAUUCCUGUUUCUAUAUUCACUUGAAAAACAGGCACUCUGUCAAAGAUUUUUAUAUUGUACCCAUCAGGACAGAAUCGCAAGAAUAUCAAAUCUCAAAGAGAACAACAAUUGAUACUGCAUAAGAACUAUAUGAGAACCAAUCAGCACCUUUUUAUGCAGCACAGAUUAUUCCUCACUUUGUGAUCUGGUUUUCUUGCAAUGAAUGCAAGUCUUCCAUUUUCAACAUUACAAAAAAUAUCUUGCAAAUAGUAACAUAAACAGAAUGUAAACAAUGCAUUAUGAGAGUGAUAUUUCAUGUUCAGUUCCAUCUGAUGCGAUAGAGUUGCCCACCUUCAAUUUAGAAUUUUAAAAAAUGAUCAGCCAAGUUUUUUUAAAGGUUAGUGAUGAAAAUUCAAUAGUAAGCAAAAAGAGAAUUUUCUAUUUUGCAUUUUAUAUUGUGUUUUAAAAAUGUCAAUAAAAAUUGACUUUUAUUUUGCAUUGUUUGGGAACUGGGACAGUUGUGGAAUCGUACAAGUGGUAAAAGUACCUUCUUAAUAUAUUUCUCACACUGCAAACCUCCAUUGGCUCUUUGUUUGGCAAAUUAACUAGCCUUACAAGUGAAUUUGCUUUUAAAAUAAUCAAAGACAUUAAAUAUGCAAUAAUAGUCAUUGUCUGCUAUUACCAAAGAAAAUUUCUAGCCUCUCUGGCUAUUUAGUUUGAUCAGGGGAUUUUUUGUUAUUAUCAUAGUUUUCAUGUAGGGCCUUUUAAAAUCACACUAUAUAAACAUUUCCUUAGUUUUGUAUCACUGAUGUGUUUAUGCUUUGUUUGUAUUUUUAUCAUGAUAGGAAGUGAUUAUUAUUUGCAUUAAUAAACUUUUGCAAAUACCCUUGAUUAGGAAAAAACCCAAUGAUCUGAACUGUCUUUAACUUACAAAAUGGCUGUUAUCACCUCAGCAGAAUAUGCUCAGAAUUUUUUUCCACAUCAUUCUUUGCACAUACGUUUAAAGAUAAAUUGACCAAUAGUACAUAUAACAGAUUUUUGAAAUAUUAUUUGCUAAC